GAGCAGCUGGAGAACACGCCCUCGCGGCGCUGCGGCGUGGAGGCCGACAAGGAGCUCUCGUACCGGCAGCAGGCGGCCAACCUCAUCCAAGACAUGGGCCAGCGCCUCAACGUAUCUCAGCUUACCAUAAAUACUGCAAUUGUUUACAUGCACAGGUUUUAUAUGCAUCAUUCCUUCACAAAAUUUAAUCGAAAUAUAAUGUCUCCCACGGCAUUGUUUUUGGCUGCAAAAGUGGAAGAACAGCCACGGAAACUUGAACAUGUUAUUAAAGUAGCAAAUGCCUGUCUUCAUCCUCAAGAGCCACAGCUGGAUACAAAGAGUGAUGCAUACCUUCAACAAGCCCAGGAGCUGGUUAUACUUGAAACAAUAAUGCUUCAAACUUUAGGUUUUGAGAUUACCAUUGAACAUCCACACACAGAUGUUGUGAAAUGUACACAGUUAGUGAGAGAAUUAACUCAUGAGUUUCUGCAAAUACUGGAGAAAACACCUAGCAGGCUCAAGAGAAUUAGAAAUUGGCGGGCUAAUCAGGCAGCUAAGAAACCUAAAGGUGAUGGACAGGUAUCUGAGAACUCCCUUCUUGGUUCAUCUUUGGUCCAGAAUUCCAUUUUGGUGGAUACAGUUACUGGUGUAGCUGCAAACACAAGUUUCCAAAAACCAUCGACAUCGUUUCCUGCACCAGUACCUCUGACCUCAGGAAGUAUUUCUGUUCCAGACAGUCAUGCACCUGAAAAUUUGGCAAUAUUAGCUACAGGAAUGCCAGGUACCUCAUACAGUUUGGCAUCACACCAGGAAUGGCCUCAGCACCAAGAACAAGCAAGGACAGAGCAAAUGUACUCUCAGAAGCAGGAGACACUGCCUGCUAGUCAGUACAACAUGAACUUCCAAGCAGGGACGUCCGUGCAGUUGCACUCCGGAGUACACCACAGACCUGACAAACUUGCUGAGCAUUCUACUGUCAAACAAGAAUAUUCUCAUAAGUCAGCAAACAAGCACCAUGGACAAGUUCCUGCUCCUGUAAUAAUUCCUCAGAAAAUGUCUUUGGAUAAAUACAGAGAGAAGCGCAAACUAGAAACCCUGGAACUGGAUGUCAGAGAACACUAUGUAGCAACCCCGGGCGAGCAGCAGCAUAAAAAGCACCUGCAGCCACAGGCGGCCAGUUCUGUUACGUCUCCCAUUAAAAUGAAAAUUCCUAUUGCAAAUGCAGAGAAGCCUGAAAAACAUUUGUCUGAUAAGAAGGAGAAGGGUGGCUCGCUCAAACUGCGUAUUCCAAUCCCACCCACAGAAAAGGGUGCCAGCAAGGAGGAGCUGAAAAUGAAAAUCAAGGUUUCUUCCUCAGAGAGGCACAGCUCGUCGGACGAGGGCAGCGGCAAGAGCAAGCACUCGAGUCCCCACGUUAGCAAGGAGCAUAAGGACAAGCACAAGGAGCACUCUCUGAACCGCCACCACGGCCUGGGCCACAAGCACUCGCACUCGCACGGGGGCAGCGGCAGCAGCAAGCACAGCGCUGACGGAGUGGCGCCCUCUGUGCUGAGGAGUCCCGUGGGCCUGAGCAGCGACGGCAACUCCUCUAGUUCCGGCUCCUCCAGGAAGAAGUUGCACAGCAACGAUGCUUCUCACAACCACCACUCCAAAAUGAGCAAAAGUUCCAAAAGUUCAGGUAGUUCAUCUAGUUCUUGCUCUGUUAAGCAGUAUGUAUCCUCUCACAACUCUGUUUUUAACCUUCCCUUACCCCCUCCUCCCCCUGUCACAUACCAGGUGGGCUACGGACAUCUCAGCACCCUCGUGAAACUGGACAAGAAACCAGUGGAGAACGGUCCUGAUGCCCAUCCCCAGUACAGUACAAACAGCCAGCAUAUGGACUACAAAGACACAUUCGACAUGCUGGAUUCGCUGUUAAGUGCCCAAGGAAUGAACAUGUAGUCAAUUCUUAGCUUUGUUGAAGACUCUACCUUAAUCUGAGAAGAAUUAGUACACAUCAUGGAAUUAUGUACAUCCCACUAGAGCUCACGUGCCCAGGCUCCUGCCUUUAUUCUGCAAGGUACUUUAACGUGAAGAUACUUUAACAUGAUGUUGCCAUGGAUGUCUGGCAUGAGCACCAAUCAAUAUUCCUCAAAAAAGGACUGUUAACUGCUUGAACUUUGAAGAUUACUGUGAUGUUAGGAUUUCUCUUAUACUGGCAUAAUGUUCUGUCAUUGUUAUGUGACAUUAUACCUACAGAACUAUUAAUAAAGAAUUUUGCUAGAAGUA